GAACAUGGCGGCGUCCGUAGAUGAUGAUUUUGAGUUAAAUAACCAGGACUAUUACUCUCUACUCAACGUUAGGAAAGAGGCUACAUUGGAGGAGCUAAAGGCGUCGUAUCGAAGGCUAUGUAUGCUCUACCAUCCUGACAAACAUCGAGACCCAGAGCUGAAAAGACAAGCUGAGCAGCUUUUCAACCAGGUGCACCAGGCGUAUGAGGUGCUGAGUGAUGCUCACUCCAGAGCCAUAUAUGACAUCUUUGGGAAGAAAGGGCUGGAGGUGGAAGGCUGGGAGGUGGUGGAGAGGAAGAGAACUCCAGCAGAAAUUCGAGAGGAGUAUGAAAGGCUGCAGAGAGAAAGAGAGGAGAGGAGACUGCAGCAAAGAACUAACCCCAAGGGCACCAUCAGUGUUGGUGUGGAUGCAACAGACCUGUUUGAUCACUAUGAUGAGGACUUUGAAGAGAUGCCAGGAGGAGGCUUUCCUCAUAUUGAAAUCAACAAGAUGCACAUUUCCCAGUCCAUAGAGGCUCCUUUGACGAACUCUGACACAGCAGUGCUGUCUGGUUCACUCUCUACACACAAUGGGAAUGGAGGGGGCAACAUUAACAUGACUGUACGAAGGGUUACUUCAGCCAAAGGCUGGGGAGAGGUGGAGUUCGGUGCAGGAGACAUACUGGGACCGCUUAUUGGGUUAAAGGUGUUUCGCAAUGUCACUCCUCGGUGUUUCUUGACAGCCCAGUGCGGUUUGCAGUUCUCUCCUCGAGGUUUGCGACCCAGCUGCUCUCUGAUGACAGCACGCCACCUGGACCAGAACACCAUGGGUUACCUUCAGUGGCGCUGGGGGCCCAAUAGCGCCAUGACGACCAGCCUGGUCCGAGACACAAAGAGCAGCCACUUCACUCUAGCUCUGCAGCUGGGUGUGCCUCACUCCUACCUGAUGAUGAGCUACCAGUACAAGUUCCAGGAUGAAGACCAGACUAAAGUUAAAGGCUCUGUCAAGACAGGCUGGUUUGGCACUGUGGUGGAAUAUGGAGCAGAGAGGAAGAUCAGCCGACACAGUGUCCUGUCAGCCACUGUCAGCAUCGGCGUCCCACAGGGAGUCACACUCAAGAUCAAGUUGGCGCGUGCCAGUCAAACUUACCUGUUCCCAGUCCACCUGACAGAUCAGCUGCUGCCAAGUGCUGUCUUCUAUGCCACUGUGGGACCCCUGUUGGUCUACAUGGCCGUCCACAGACUGGUCAUCAUCCCAUACACGCAUGCACAGAAACAGCAAGAGUUGGAGCUGCAGAGGAAGAGCUCCGCCACAGACAUCGCCAAGAAGAAGCAGGAGGCAGAGUCUGCUGUUCUGCUGAUGCAGGAGUCUGUGAGGAGAAUCAUAGAAGCAGAAGAAUCCAAGAUGGGUCUGAUCAUCUUGAACGCCUGGUAUGGAAAGUUUGUGUCUGACACCAGCCAGAAGCAGGAGAAAGCAAAGGUCAUCGACGUCACUGUGCCUCUGCAGUGCCUUGUCAAAGACUCCAAACUCAUCCUCACAGAGGCCUCAAAGGCAGGGUUACCCGGCUUCUAUGACCCUUGUGUAGGAGAGGAGAAGAGUCUUAAAUUACUGUACCAGUUCAGAGGUGUGAUGCACCAAGUCAUCUCUGCAGACACUGAGGCUCUACGGAUACCUAAGCAAUCUCACAGAAUUGAGACUGAGUCCUAGGAGCUCACCACUGUUGGAGCACCAGAGGGCAGAUGUAGAUGAAACAGACUUUGUGUACACAGAAGAACCCAUGAAUGGAGAGGACACAUCAAAAAUAAGUCAGUUUCUUUCCUCCAGUCCUCUUCUGUCAUGGUAUUAGUGAACCUGUUUAUUGACUUCCUCCACUCCUCCCUUUCCUGUGGGCCAUCUCCCAGGUUCAGCAAAAUACAGGAGUCAGCUCAGAGUUUCUUUGAGUCUCUAGUCGGCUACACCUGACAGGGCUGCUCAAAUAUCUGCAGGACAUCAGACAAUGGCCCUGAACAUAGUUUUAUAUAUGCACUACACAGAGGGACUUGUAGUCACUGCGGAUGUGGUGACCAUUCCCUUCAGCGAUGAGCUAAACGUGCACAGAUUUAAAAAAAAAAAAAGUUUCUUGACAUUUGUUAUGUCAAGUGUAUACAAAUGAGCUGUGCUGUAAUUUUACCCCUUAUCAUUGUAGUCUUUAGUCUUUGUAUGUGUAUCACCCUGGUAGUUUUGAAUCUAAUAAUGUUAUAACAUACCAGAGAUUUCACUAACUCAUGCAAAUGUUUAGAACAACACUAUGCAGGAUCAUGUCUGUGUCCCUGAGGCUGCCCAGGACUGAGGAAUGGUUGUGUAACUCAUGUUUUGUUUACUUGUUGAAAACGUCUCAUCCUGAUUCAUCAUGCCUUUCAGUGGCAUGUCUGCUGCUCAUUGAGCUGUCAGUCAGCAGGUGCAAACUGGUGCUCAAAACUUAUAUCCGUGAGGGAUCGGAUUUGGAGGUAGGAGGAGGGAUAGCAAUGGGAGGGAAAGUGAUAGUGAUGCCCUCUGACGGUCAUGAUCCAACCAAAGAGACAGGGUUGAAUUCUCUACACAGAUUUUCUUUUUCAACAUCUCAGGCUAGACUGCAUUUUAAAGGCAGAAAUUCCACGUGGAUUCGGUUUGCGUCAGAGUUUAUUGAUUAUCUCAGUGCAGUUGCAGCCAGAACUGUAUUUUUUUCCAUGAUUUUUUUAAUACAGUGAAGGCUAUAGUUUGUAGAUCACUGGUGUAUAUCUGGCACAAAGCCAGUGAUAACAGUAACUAAAGGAAUGAAUUUGAUUUUUUUCUUAAAUGGAGUAAUUAAUGAAGAAUCCUUUUCUGGUUGGGAUGUGACCAGUAGAGGGCUUAGAUCAACACUGUCCCUCGUGUAGGUUGUGUUUGCUGCUGAAGCUGUCAUUAUGACAGACAAUAACUUGCUACUGGAACUGAGCCACACUAAAACCAUUUCAUUGAUUCUGGCCCAUUUACAUGGUUACAUGAAUUUGAUGUGAACACCUUUCCCGUGCCAUAUCUUUUAAUUUGAUAUUGUUCUCCGUCCAUUUUUUUUUUAUUUAAAAAUUCUGAAUUUAAUUCAUCUUUAAUGCAAUAUCACUUCUUAUACAAAGUAUUGUGUAAGAUGCUAAAACUACAAUUUUCAGUCAGCAUUUUUAUGCCUGUCACUUAGGUGAUAAUCUACAGUCUGUAACUCACCAUUGGUAGUUAUUUUCUGAUCAAUGUGGUAAGGCUGACAUGGGGAUGUCCUAUGGUGCACUUUCUGUUGAGAUAUAGGUGUUGUAGCACAUAAGUCCCAAAGUUUAAUCCUUGUGCUGAGUUAGUGAUUUAUUCCUCAUCUUGUCUGGGAACCCUGUGAUGAACUACAGAGAAUUCCUGAACACACUACUGUAGGAUACAUAUGGUAUUUUACUAAAUACAACAGUAAUGUUUUGCACAAAAUGUACAGUAUUUAAAGCUAAAUUUUCAGGCUAGUUGACAUGAAAGUGGUUCUGAAGCAUCAAUAGUAGAUCUACAAUUGGCUUUAUACUGAACACCAUAGGGUACAUCUAAGAAAUAGUGAAUGAUCCUUUUGACUUUAUAUGGUGUCAUCCCCUAAUUGAUUCUGAUUUUGGCAUCAGUGGUAAGUUAGAGGGACGUCUGUCGCUGCACGACUCUAGUGAGAUAAUGGUCUUGGCUUGGGGUCAUGAUUACAGCAGCCAUUUUGCACUGAUUCUGUUUGUAGUAUUUGUCUCCUCUCUUUAGUUUGAAGUGUGCUGUAAAGUAUUUUUGACAGGUCAGCUGGUCAUCUCUGCUCUAGUGCCACCGCGAGGCCAGCAGCAAGACUGCUCCCUGCUGUUACAUUCAACCCAUCAUCGAAACCGACCCACAUUAUGUAAAUGUACUGAAUGGUUGAGGAGCCUGUGUUCUCUGUCCUGUAAAGACUACAAUAAA